AUGAAAAUACCAAUUGAGUUUCAAGAAAUAAUUAGAACAAUACAAGCAAUAGUUGAACUCCAAACAACAGUAAAAGAAAUAGGGCAAUACAAAUACUUCUUAACACAAACAGUAUUAAAAAUAGAUAAUAUAAGACUACACAUCAGAUUUGAAAGAAUAACAAUAUUAGACAACUUGAAUAGUUCAAUAAUAGAACAAGAAGAACAUCUAAAAAAAAUUAUUGAAACUUAUAAAAACAUUGAAGAACAACAGAAAAAUAAAUUGAAACUAUUGUUAGAAGAGUUAUAUCUAAUAAUAAGAGAAGAAUUAACCUUUGACAGUCUAACAAAAGAACUAGCUAAAGUUUUAACAAAAAUAAAGAAAACAAUUUAG